AUGGCGCGUUUCCCACAGCUCCUGUUCCUGCUCCUCGCGAGUAUAGGGCUCCUCAGCGCAGCCCAGAACCACAGCGAUUCUGAAUGGCCUCUCCACGAUAACGGUCUGAGCACCGUCGUACAAUGGGACCACUACAGUUUCCACGUCCACGGCCAGCGCAUCUUCGUCUUCUCCGGCGAAUUCCACUACUGGCGCAUUCCCGUCCCAGGCCUCUGGCGCGACAUUCUGGAGAAGAUCAAAGCCGCCGGGUUCACCGCGUUCGCCUUCUACUCCAGCUGGGGCUACCAUGCGCCCAAUAAUCACACCGUGGAUUUCUCGACCGGCGCCCGCGACAUCACUCCCAUCUACGAGCUUGCCAAAGAGCUGGGCAUGUACAUCAUCGUCCGGCCGGGGCCCUACGUCAAUGCGGAGGCCAGCGCUGGCGGCUACCCCCUGUGGGUGACCACCGGUGCGUACGGCAGUCUGCGGAACGACGACGCACGUUACACCGCGGCGUGGAAGCCGUACUUUGCCAAAAUGUCGGAAAUCACGAGCCAGUACCAGGUCACCGACGGCCACAACACCUUCUGCUAUCAGAUUGAGAACGAGUACGGCCAGCAAUGGAUUGGCGAUCCUGUCGAUCGGAACCCCAACCAGACGGCUGUUGCGUACAUGGAGCUCCUGGAAGCGAGUGCCCGCGAAAAUGGCAUCGUCGUGCCCUUGACCGCGAACGACCCGAACAUGAACACCAAGUCCUGGGGGAGUGAUUGGUCCCAUGCAGGGGGGAAUGUCGACGUUGUCGGGCUGGAUUCUUAUCCUUCUUGCUGGACUUGCGACGUCACCCAAUGCACCUCGACCAAUGGAGAAUACGUGCCGUACAAGGUGAUGCAGUACUACGACUACUUCCAGGAGGUGCAGCCCACCAUGCCGGGCUUCAUGCCUGAGUUCCAGGGUGGGAGCUACAACCCCUGGGCCGGACCGGAGGGUGGAUGUCCCGGGGACACGGGAGUCGACUUUGCGAAUCUCUUCUACCGGUGGAACAUCGCGCAGCGGGUGACGGCUAUGAGUUUGUAUAUGCUGUACGGAGGCACGAACUGGGGCGCCAUCGCCGCUCCCGUCACGGCCACCAGCUACGACUACUCCUCGCCCAUCUCCGAAGACCGCUCCAUCGGCAGCAAGUACUACGAGACCAAGCUCCUGGCACUCUUCACCCGCAGCGCCACGGACCUGACCAUGACUGACCGCAUCGGAAACGGCACCCAUUACACGAACAACCCGGCUGUCGCUGCCUACGAACUGCGCAACCCCGUCACCAACGGCGCCUUCUACGUGACCAUCCAUGCGGACAGCACUGUCGGCACGGACGAAUCGUUCCGACUGAACGUCAACACCUCUGCUGGUGCGCUCACUGUCCCCAGUAAGGGCUCCAUCCGUCUCAACGGACAUCAAUCGAAGAUCAUCGUCACGGAUUUCCGCUUCGGACCUUCCCACACGUUGCUGUACUCCACCGCGGAGGUCCUCACCCAUGCGGUGAUGGACAAGAAGGCUACUCUCGUCCUCUGGGUUCCCACCGGAGAGUCGGGCGAGUUUGCCGUCAAGGGCGCCAAGUCCGGUAAAGUAGAGCGUUGUCCGCAGUGCUCCAAUGCGACCUUCACGCGGAAGAAGGAUGUGCUCGUUGUGAACUUCACGCAGGCCGGAGGGAUGAGCGUGCUCCAGCUGAACAACGGGGUGCGCGUCGUGCUUCUCGAUCGCGCCGCUGCAUACAAGUUCUGGGCUCCUCCGCUGACGGACGAUCCGUUCGCCCCGGAGACGGACCUUGUCCUGGUCCAAGGCCCAUACCUCGUUCGCUCCGCGAGUCUGUCCGGGUCGACCCUCGCGCUGAGGGGCGACUCAGCCAAUGAGACCGCGCUGGAAGUUUUCGCGUCCAAGAAGGUGCACACAGUCACCUGGAAUGGGAAGCGCAUCAAGACGUCCAGGUCAUCGUACGGAAGUCUCACCGCGUCGCUCGCUGCUCCACCGGCCGUGUCGCUCCCGGCGUUGAGCUCGGCCCAAUGGAAGUCGCAAGACAGUCUGCCCGAACGGCUCCCCUCGUACGACGACUCGGGGCCCGCCUGGGUUGGCUUCCACAACGGCAUCCGCCUCUGGCGCGGGUCCUUCACCGACGCAGCAUCCGGCGUCUACCUCAACGUCCAAGGCGGCGCCGCCUUCGGCUGGUCCGCCUACCUCAACGGCCACUUCCUCGGCUCCCACCUCGGCACCGCCACCACCUCGCAGGCGAACAAAACCCUCCUCUUCCCAGCCGGUACCCUCCGCAAGAACACUACCAACACCAUCCUCGUCAUCCACGACGACACAGGCCACGACCAAACCACCGGCGCGCUGAACCCGCGCGGCAUCCUCGCCGCCCGCCUCCUCGCGCCCUCCGACUCCUCCACCGCCCCGAACUUCACGCAGUGGCGCGUGGCCGGCACAGCAGGCGGCGAAUCCGACCUGGACCCGGUGCGUGGGGUCUACAACGAAGACGGGCUGUUCGCCGAACGCAUGGGCUGGCAUCUCCCGGGCUUCGACGACGCCGACUGGCCGGCCAACAAUUCCACCACCACGAGGGGGGCGCAAGUAUCGCUCUCCGUCACCGGCGCAACGGUGCGCUUCUUCCGCGCCGUGGUUCCGUUGCACCUGCCGCGCGGCGUCGACGCUUCCAUCUCGUUCAUGCUGGGCACGCCUGCCGGCGCGUCCACCGCGUACCGCGCGCAGCUGUUCGUCAACGGAUACCAGUACGGCCGGUUCUACCCGCACAUCGGGAACCAGGUCGUGUACCCUGUUCCGGCGGGGGUGCUGGACUACGACGGGGAGAAUACGAUCGGCGUGGCGGUGUGGGCGCAGAGCGAGGCCGGCGCGGAGAUGAGUCUGGACUGGCGGGUGAACUACGUUGCGGAUAGCUCGUUGGAUGCGGUACGGGUUGCUGCGGAGGGGGCGUUGAGGCCGGGCUGGAGUGAGGAGAGGUUGCAAUAUGCAUAG